UGAAGCGUAACAUGACAUUUAUUUAUAACAUUUUCGUACACUUGACACUGUGAUUAAAGGCUGGUGUUACAUUUUCAGUAUAAAUAGGUGUUUGCAUGUUUACAAGAGGAAACUAUAUAUAGAUUUUGUGGCUAAACACUAUUUUAUAUCUAAUGUAACAUAUGUGUGUUUUGUUAUUAAUCAAUAAUUGACAUUACUGUGUGUUAUGCACAGAUGUUAAUAGAAACAAAGAGUUAAAUUCUAGGACAUUGAAAAUGUAAACAAAGAAGUGCAUGCAAUAUAGCAUCAGAAUAUCAACAACCACUUGCUUACAGACUACAAAUCAUGUCAUUACAAGAUACAGACAGCGGGUUUUCUUGGAUUAUAUUAUGCGCUUCAUUUCUAAACUAUACUCUGGUAUCUGGAACUAUACGAACCUUCGGGAUAUUAUAUGCGGAACUUCUCCAAACCUACGACGAAGGAGCUGGUAAUACUGCAUUCCUAGGCAGUAUAAUGUUUUUUGUGAUGGCCAUAACUGGGCCAGUAUCUGGAUUAAUGAGCGUUCACUUUUCAUUCAAAUGGUGUACUAUGAUUGGUGGAUUGAUUUCAUCAAUUGGCAUGGUAACCAGUUCUCUUACUCAAAAUAUAGAAAUGCUGUAUCUCACGUACAGUUGUUUACUAGGGAUAGGAUUUGGAUUAUCUGCACCACCUACUGUGACGAUUAUAAACUUUUAUUUCGAAAAGAAAAGAGCAUUUGCUAAUGGAUUUCUUACAGCAUCGAUGGGAUUGUCAAGCUUAAUAUAUCCUUUUUUGUACCGGAAGUUGAUAGAUCAUUAUGGGAUACAUGGUGCUAUGUUAAUUCUUGGUGGUUUGUUACUCAACAUUUGUGUAGGUGGAAGUUUCUUCAGGCAACCAAGUUGCUUUAUAUGUACAACUAACAAAACUUACAGUCCUGCUGACAGUACAAAACUGUUAUCUGAGGCAAAUUACAAAAGUAAACAGAGCAACCUGACUAUUGUGAAAAACAAAAUCAUUGAUAUGUUUAAAUCAUAUUCUGUUGCUUUAAGAAACAAAUCGUUUUUAUUGUAUUGUUUCGCCAUGUCAUUUGCAUUAGUUGGAUACUCAUCAAACUUUCUGAUUCUUCCGCCGCACAUUCAAAGUCAGCAGUUUUCUAAAGAUGACGUUGUUGUUGUUUUAACAGUAAUUGGUGCUACGGAAUUUGUUGUUAGACUUUUUUCUGGAACUUUUAUUGAUUUACAAUGGUUCAGUGUUCAGGCAGUGUUCAUCGUGACAAUGUUUAUGGGCGGAAUUUUUGCUAUCGUAUUGACAUUUUUCAAAAGUAUGACAAUUAACAUAACUUAUGCAGUGACUGUAGGAAUAUUUCCCGGAAUUUUACAUUCAUUACAACCGUUACUUGUUGUCACAUCAUUGGGAUUGACGAUGUUACCGACAGCACUCCCAUUAUCUGGUUUCUUUACGAAUACAGCGUGUUUGAUUGGACAUCCUUCUUUAGGGUGGUUAGAAGAUUACACUGGUAAUUGGAAAGCUUCGUUCUAUACAGUUGGUGGACUUUUUAUAGCGUCAUCGCUUUGUGUACUACUUGAACGGAAAUUAGUGAAGGUAACGCAGAGCGAAGAAAUGACGGUCAGAACAGACAAUGUGACUGAAAUAACAACGGACAAUAUUACUGAAGUCACAACAAAUAAUCAAAAUAACACUAAAAACAAACACUGUGAUGAUGUAGAGACAAGUCUCAUGAAUGAGACUUCCUAGAUAUUAAAUCUUGUUAUACACAUAUGCAAUUUCACGUAGCUUUAAUGUUCAGUGUUAGCGGCUUUGCUAUCACGUGACGCCAUAAUGCCAUAAUUAUAAAACAUUAUUUGUAAAACUGA